CUAUGACAAUUUUGUGUCAAGUGUCAAGUCACAUGUUUUCUCUAGUUUUCUCAUAAAUCUUCGUAUGUGAAUAAACAAAUACGUUUUUCUUCUUAACCUAAAAUAGAGUACAGAAAAAUAGAGCGAUUUAUUCACUGUAUAGUUCUUGCAGAAUUAUUGCAAAAACCAAAUAAAUUUGCCAGUCAAAUCUCGAAGAUUUUUCAAAAAAGCCUGAAAUAAAUAAAAAUGAGUGUAAACGAGGAUUGGGAUGUAGAACAAUACAAGGUGGAAUACGAAUCAGACGAACACUGGGAGUUAAGACGUAACUUUAUGUUGGCUCAUAAAGACAAAUUUUCGGAAGAUGUACUUGUUUGUUUAGCUCAAGUCUUUGUUAACGUUGAAUUAUUAGGAUGCAGAUAUCCACAGGAAACGAUGGAUUUAGUGAAGGAAUUAUCACAAGAUAUUGCAGCAAAAUAUAGAGAAAAACAAAAGAAAAAAUUACAAAGAACAUUUGUAGAAGCUUCAGAAGCAGCUAGUUCUAAGGUUAAAGGAUGUGUUGCUCGUACAUCUAAUGUCACAGAAGAAUCUGUAAAUACUCCUAAUAAUGUAUCAAACAAAACCAAGCAUAUAGAUCAUAAAAAGUGUGAUACCAAAAACAGAUCAUUUUUAGAAACAAAAAGACCAGAAAAAUUAAAUACAAACAAUUACAAUUAUAAAUCUUGUGAAAAAACUAAUAUUGAAGAAUCACUUUCCAAAAGAUUGAAAACAGAGGAAAAUAUCAUGCUUAGAGAUAAUCCAUAUGGAGAUAUUGUUUUAUGGGAAAGACCAGAUGAAAUACCACAAAGUACACUGGGGAAUUCAGCCAAUAUAUCUGGAGUUAACCUUGACUGGAAGUAUUCUGCAAUGCAAGGAAUUUGGGAAUGCUCGGUUUAUAUCAAUUCUAAAAAAGUUGCAUGUUGCACAAAUUCCAAUAAAAAAAUUGCCAAAAAUGAAGCAGCCACUACUGCAUUAGAUGAAUUGCGAAAACAUUGUUAUACUAUUAAGGUUAAACAAAACUUAGACUCAAAAUCAAAUGUAACUGUAACGACAAAGGAAAUGAAGCCUCAAGAAUGUAUGUCUGACAAUAAUUGGAAAGCAUCCAGUUGUAUUGGAGAAGAGUUAAUGAGAAGAAUGGGUUGGACUGGUGGUGGCCUUGGAAAAUCAGAGCAGGGUGUUGUAGAACCCAUGUCUGCACUGGUUAAGCCACAGAUAAGCCGAAAGGGUCUCGGCUUGAAAUCUAAUUCCUCCACAGCGAAUGAAAUGAAAGCGAAAUGUCGGAAUCUGUUUAAAGAUUUUCUACAGACCGAUAUGCAAAAUGAUAUUGUGUUCUUAGAUUUUACCAACGAGGAAAGAUCGGUGAUUCAUCAAAUUGCGCGAAUAAUGGGUCUUAAAUCGCGCAGCUAUGGUACUACGGAUGAACGGAAAUUGAUAGUCUCUCGUAAAAUCGACGUACGAACUUUGGUUAGAGAAUUAAAAAGUCUCGGUGGAGUCACUGAGAAAUACGAACUAAUGGAACCAACUGAUGAAAAAUUCAUUUCCUCCACUUUGACAGGUUGAGCGAAAUAUUAUGUGCUUAAACAAUAUCUUCUGUGACAUAUUGAUGUAGCAACUUGGACUGUUUUAAAUAAAUAAAUAUUUUUAUCAAAAGCCUUUCUAAAAAAAUUAAUAUUUUAUUGUUUAAAUCAUCCAAAAACAAGCUAUUUUUAAAAUAAUAUUGCAAUCGUUCAGUCGAUCCUUUAGCACACAAUCUGAAAUAUCGAGAUUCGUUCAACUAUUAUUCCUGACAAAUAUAUUUGUGUUAAAUGAAAAGCGAAUGUAUCUAUACAGAUCAGAAUCCCGCAUAUUAUACGUCGCAGAUAAUAAUAUAAAUAAACGUAAAAAAUGCAAGAUAUAAUAAAAUAUAAAUAUUUUAAAUUGUCAAUUAUAUACACAAACGCGGUAACUGCGAAGAUUCAUGAUCUCAUACAUUCAUAAUAAUUCAAUGUAUAUUACGUUUGCAUGAAAUUAU